GAAAAAGCACCAGAUAUUGCCUUUUCCGCCAUAAUGUCUGGCCGCGGUAAGCAAGGAGGCAAGGCCCGCGCCAAGGCCAAGUCGCGGUCGUCCCGCGCCGGCCUGCAGUUCCCGGUGGGGCGCGUGCACCGGCUGCUGCGCAAGGGCAACUACGCGGAGCGCGUGGGUGCGGGCGCGCCCGUGUACAUGGCGGCCGUGCUGGAGUACCUGACGGCUGAGAUCCUGGAGCUGGCGGGCAACGCGGCCCGCGACAACAAGAAGACGCGCAUCAUCCCGCGCCACCUGCAGCUGGCUGUGAGGAACGAUGAGGAGCUCAACAAGCUGCUAGGAGGGGUCACCAUCGCACAGGGCGGCGUCCUGCCCAACAUCCAGGCUGUUUUAUUACCAAAGAAAACGGAGAGCCAUAAGCCCGGCAAGAACAAAUAAUUCAAUAUCCCUUCUAACCCACAAAGGCUCUUUUAAGAGCCACCAAAGAGUCAACUAAAAGGGCUGAUCACAAACUAGCGCGUUAGCUCAUUUUAU